UUGCUUAUGCAGGAGCGGACAAAUAUCCAAACGGUACAUUCAAACAGAACCUUAACCAGUUUCCGCUUGGUGAUUGUGUCGAGUUCGUGAUGGCAGACGGUAACCGCUCCAACAGCAACAAGCCAGAGUGGCUUCAACAGUACGAUCUGAUUGGGAAAAUCGGAGAAGGGACCUACGGUCUUGUCUUCCUCGCUCGGAUCAAGUCCACCACAAACCGCGGAAAAUCCAUCGCCAUCAAGAAAUUCAAACAAUCCAAAGACGGCGAUGGUGUCUCUCCCACCGCCAUCCGUGAAAUCAUGUUGCUGAGGGAGAUAACACAUGAAAAUGUCGUGAAGCUUGUGAAUGUUCACAUCAAUCAUACCGACAUGUCUCUCUAUCUCGCCUUUGAUUAUGCUGAACAUGACCUUUAUGAAAUAAUAAGACAUCAUAGAGACAAGGUCAACCAGUCGAUUAACCAAUACACCGUCAAGUCGAUACUGUGGCAGUUGCUGAAUGGACUGAACUAUCUGCACAGUAAUUGGAUAGUACAUCGAGAUUUGAAGCCAUCAAAUAUACUGGUUAUGGGCGAUGGUGAGGAACACGGAGUUGUUAAAGUUGCUGACUUUGGGCUUGCAAGGAUAUAUCUAGCCCCUCUGAAGCCAUUAUCUGAAAAUGGGGUUGUUGUAACCAUUUGGUACCGUGCUCCGGAGUUGCUUCUUGGAGCUAAACAUUAUACCAGUGCUGUUGAUAUGUGGGCUGUGGGAUGCAUUUUUGCUGAGUUGUUGACCUUGAAGCCACUAUUCCAAGGUGCAGAAGUUAAAGCUACACCAAAUCCUUUUCAGCUUGAUCAACUUGACAAGAUAUUCAAGGUUUUAGGUCAUCCCACAUUAGAAAAGUGGCCUUCCUUAGCACAUCUUCCCCACUGGAACCAAGAUACUUCACAUAUACAAGGACACAAAUAUGACAAUGCUAGUCUCAAUAGUGUUGUGCACCUAUCUCCAAAAAGUCCUGCAUACGACCUUUUGUCAAAGAUGCUCGAAUAUGAUCCUAAAAGGCGUAUAACAGCAGCACAAGCUAUGGAGCAUGAGUAUUUCAAAAUGGAACCACAGCCUGGACGGAAUGCACUUGUACCAUGCCAACCUGGAGAGGCUUUUGUGAAUUAUCCCACACGUCCGGUGGACACAACCACAGAUUUUGAAGGGACAACCAACAUGCAGCAAUCACAGCCGGUUUCGUCUGGAGCUGCUAUUGCUGGAAACAUGCCUGGUGGUCAUGCAUCAAAUAGAUCUGUCCCUCGACCAAUUAAUGUUGGCAUGCAAAGAAUGCAUCAGCUGCAAGCUUAUAAUCUCACAUCCCAGGCAGGGAUGAGCAGUGGAAUUAAUCCUGCUGGCAUCCCAAUGCAACGAGGUGUUCCACAACAGGCCCAUCAGCAGCAACAGUUGAGGAGAAAAGACCCAAUGGGAAUGCCAGGAUAUCCUCCACAGCAGAAAUCAAGACGUAUGUAAGGUUGUGGUGGAAGAGAUUGCUUGUGAAAAUAUAGAUUUGAGGUCAACAGUCGAAAACUUGAGCUAGUUCAGGACAAUUCUUAACCCCUGUCUGAUGAUCUGCUUUCAUCCUUGAGGUCCUCACUUUUUGUUGAAGAUAUCAUCAAGAUUUGUUGCAUUGAGCACAUGAGGCUGGAUGCUAAGAUAUGAAUUAUUCUGAUGGAACACCAAUGGAGUCAUUGAAGGGGAAUAAACAGAGGAAAUAGUUGAGCUACUGGUGACAUGUAUAUCAUGGUUAUAUAUAGUUGUACAACUUUCUUGUAUUCUUAUAGCUGUUCCACCGUGUAAACUGUAAGGGAUCAUAUAGGUUUUAGCAAAAAUUGAACUUGUUGUAGUUGCUGUAUAAUAUUGCCUCAAUCCCCAAUUAUACGCUACUUGCCUUGAUCCCCAAUGUAAAUUAUAUCUUUUUUUCCAUUUUGAAUUUGUUGUCCUCCUAAAAAUCUUAUUACUUUUUGACAAUGGACUAAUAUUAGUCGAAA